UCAAAAACCCUUCUCUGUAGAAUGUAGAUACACGUCUGUGGAAACGGCACACUACUUGGAGGAAAUAUGUCAAAUCUGGACAUGACGCUGGAUGAUAUGAUCAAAAUGAACAAACCUUACCGGGCCGGACACCGGACGUCUGUCCAAGGACCUACCCGCCGCUUCCAGAACCGCUUCGCCAGCCGCGCCGCUCCAUAUUCAUUCGCCAAUGCACAGGAGACUCAUUUAGAUCAGGGCAUGUUCGCGGCGGGGGCCGCGUUUCCCAGUGGAGGGGGGGAUAAGGAUCCGGCGAUUGAAAUCGGGACUAAGCUCCUGAUUUCGAAUUUGCAUUGUGGGGUCUCUGAUGACGACAUUAAGGAGAUAUUCUUGUGUGUCGGUGAUCUGAUGGGUUGUUCAGUCCAUUAUGAUAGGAGUGGAAGAUCAAAGGGCACUGCAGAAGUAGUGUUUAUUCGAAGCCAAGAUGCAGAAACGGCCAUCAAGAGAUACAACAAUGUCCAACUGGACGGAAAGCCUAUGAGGAUUGAGAUUGUAGGGAUGAACAGGGCCUUGCCUCCUCCGCUACUUCCAGCUUCACAUGGCAGAAAUGCCCGACUUCAAAGAAGAAGUAAUACUAGAAGACCACCCCCAGGCGCUGCUAGUGGCAUGAGGAAGGAUCAUUGGGGUGGUAGAGGUCGUGGUGAGAAAAUAUCUGCAGAAGACUUGGAUGCUGAUUUGGAGAAGUACCUCGCAGAAGCAAAGGAAACAAGUUAGCGCAGAUAUCUUCCGAAAAUCACAAGGCAUUUGGAGAAGCACCAGCACAAGAUAUCAAGGAUUUUAUCACAGAGCAGUGCGAAAGAGCAAAGAAUUCUAGUAAUGUGGAGUAUCUGGUAGAAACGUGCAUAAACAAAGCAAACAAUUUGUGGACGAGUACUGGCACUCCUUGGGUACUAUAUAAUUUUUGGGUUUAAUGCAAUUUAUUUAUAUUGCAAAUGAGUAAA